AUGCCUGUGACGGCGAGCUCCUCCUCGUCGUCGUCGGGGGCGCCGACGUCGGCGACGCCGGUGGCACCCGCAGCGAGCCACUCUUACUUGACGAGUGCCGCCCAUUGGAUUCAUUACAACCAGUCCAUUCUGGCCGGUGCCGGUGGUGGAUUAGUCAACGCCCUCGUGUGCUCUCCCUUGGACGUAGCCAAGGUUCGCCAGCAGGUCGAGGGUGUCAUUCAUCCAGGCACGUCCCACCAAGCGGGGCUCUGGACCAUUCUUAGGGACAUUCGCAACCAGGAAGGCUACCGCGGCUGGUUUCGAGGCCUCCAACCUAGUCUCAUUACCCUCCCCUUCUUCUGGGCCACCUACUUUCCCUUGUACGAUGCCUUUAGGAGACGCCUGGGCGUCGAGCCAAAUACUCGUGGCGCCGUAUGGAAGAGCUGCCUGGCCGCCAUGGGUGCCGCAGGCGUGGUAGACGUGCUCACCAACCCACUCUGGGUUGUCCGGACGCGCAUCAUCUCGGCCGUUUAUCACCGUACUGAGCAAGCCGUCCUCCAACGGCUCUCCGUCCCGGGGCAUAUGCUCCACAUUGCCAAACACGAAGGCAUCACCGCACUCUACAAGGGCCUCGGUGCCUCCUUCCUCGGUCUUCUACACGUGGCCAUCCAGUUUCCCCUUUAUGAGGAGCUCAAACACCGGGCUCGUGACGCCAGCCCCGAUGGCCGCGAAUCCAUCUUGGGCCUCAUCCUAGCUUCGGCCGGCUCCAAACUCGUUGCCGGUACCAUCACCUACCCUCAUGAGGUGGUUCGGGCUCGCAUGCAAGACAGUCGCAAUCCAGCUGGUCUGGCUUCCAUCGCUAAAAACAUCUUGCAGGCCGACGGCUGGCGCGGCUUUUAUCGCGGGUUGCACAUUAACAUCCUGCGCGUCCUGCCCAGCUGUAUCACCACUUUCGUCACCUACGAACUGAUCAAGCAAGCCAUCCACAAGCACGUCCCCAGUCCUUGAAGCGUCUAUCCCUUUGGAG